AAUUUUUUAUUUCAGAAACGGAAGUGAUAAGGGGGAGGAAUAAAAGUAAACAUAGAUAUAAACAAUCACAAUAUCAUUAUGUCGGUAUUAGGAGAAAAACCUUUAGAUCACGAAAACAGAGAUGCAAUAGCGCGUGGACUAGUAGAUUUAUUAAAACCAGCUGUAGAUGAAAUAGACGAGCGUGUAAAAUGCGUUAGGGAGAGUCAAGUGGAACUGAGACAGAAGAUUGAUUCCCUUUGUGAAGAUCUGAAGAAGAUAUCUGAAAAUGAUCCUGUUCCCAUAGAACUUGAGCCAUAUGUAAAAAAAUUGAAUAGCUCACGAAGACGUGUUAUGUUGGUCAAUAGUAUACUUCAAAAUGUUCAGGACAGACUGACUAAACUUCACAAUAAUAUUUCUAAAGAAACUGCAAGGAGAAAAACCAUGCUUGACCCAUCGUCUCCAUCACACCAGAAGUGAUGUUAAUAACUAGUUUUUCCCCGUUUGUUGAUUCUCCGCUUUCCACUUGUUGAUUUUUUUUUUGUAUGUGACUGGAUAUAAUUAUAUUGCUUGUCCUUAGGAAUACUCCUUAGAGUUUGAUUAGUAAUGAAAUGAUAGCUUUUUAAUUUCUAGUCAUUCCUUAACUUACAAGUUUUGUUUUGCAAGUUAUCUUAAUUUUAUAUAUAUAUUAAUUUACUGUAUUAGCUGUAACUGACAGCAGUAAAUAUUUCUUAUCUUAACUUUGUUUAGAAAUACUUUUCUUUGCCCACAUCUGUUUCAUUUCAUUGCAUAUAAAUCUUAUCUUUUACUAGACAGAUAUUACCCGCUGCCCGCUGGUCUUAACUUGCAUAUUGCUGAUGUAGUCACUGAUAUAGUGCAUUAGAAACAAUUAAAGAAAAUAAUAAUGUUGUAAUUAAAGCGAAUGCAUGAAUUCAUGAAUACAAAAAUAUUAUGAAUGGAGCUAAAAAUAGCUAAUUGACCUGAAUUCACAUGAUAUUAAGAAUUGAGUUGCACUAAUGUAAAAAUGCUUUAGAAAAACAAAUCUGAAUGUUAAUUUGAUUAAAAUAUGAAAUGAAUGGUCUAUAAUUAGUGUGUUCGUUUGUCAAAGUAUAAAACUAUUUUUGCGAAAAGAAGUUCUAUCAUCUUAGAGUUGAAUGAGUGUUUUAGACCUAGGAAUAGAGAGAUGUUUAACCUUUACAGUAAUGUCUAAUGAAAGAAUGCAUGUCAGGACUUCUAAAAUCGCAGAUAUAAGGAACAAAUUUAUGUAAAAAUGCUUUUGAAACACAUAUUUGAAGCUUAAUUUUAUUAAAUAAUGAAAUCAAUAGACUUUAUUUUGUAUUUUCAUGUGUCAAAGUAAAAAAACAUUAUGCGCAAAGUGUAGUUCUUAAAUUAGAUCUAGAUCCUUUCGAUCUUUGCAUCUAAACAUUGGUAAAAUAGCCUAGAUCGAUCAAUUUAUAAUGCUUUCAUAGAGUUGGUCAACUUUUUUUUUUGAGGGUCUUAAGUUAGUUUUAUGGCUACAAUACAUAAACUACGGUCUAAGUUAGUACCCAAGGAACAUUUCUGUCAAGUUUUAUCAAGAUUGGUCAAACGGUUUUGAUUUCUAUUUGUAACAUACAUACAUACGCCUUACUUUCUACUUUAUAGUAUAGAUGAUACAGAAGUUACUUCAAAAAAGAAGAUGAUUUCAUCCUACGACUCAUGCAAUGUUUUUAUUGUUUGUGACACAAAUGAAAUUGAAAGGGUAAAUGCCUCGAGAUAUUUUUGUCAAAGUGUGUUUUGAGAUUUCUGCAAGGGUGAUGAUGUAUGAUUGUAUUCUUUGUACAGACUUUUUUUUUUGUUGUACUUGAUUACAGUUAACUCCUCUUUCUUGUGAGAGUGUGAACAAACUUACCAAGUCUUUGUUAUCUGAAAUUUAUUCUAGCUGCUACUCUCUGUAGAGUUGUUCCUAAAAGCUAAUUAGUUUCUGGUGUCACAUUUAACAAAGAGGAGCAGGUCAUGGUUGCCUCUGACAUUUGAAUAUUUGUAUAGAGAUAGUUAUCUCCCUACAUAGAACUAGUGGCAUGACCGUAGGAUGUCCAGGAUAUAAAGGUUGAUGUUCAAAACUAGUGAAGGCUUUAUUUUUUACCUGUGAUCUGAGUUGUCCCAGGGUUUUUAAAAAGAUGUGUGUGUGAAGUUUUAACCUUAAGUACUUUUUUUUAAUUAUUCUAAAAAAUUUGUCAAUAGUUAAAAUUGCUUGAAUUUUAUUGCUGAUAUGAGCUAAUCAAUAAAUAUUUGACAAUAAUUCA